UUUCCUAACAGCGACUGCGCGUUCUCGCCCUUCGUGGGGAUGUCAGAGUAUUCUCCAUGACCGCCUCCUCCUCCAAUGAGGACUUUGGUGGCAGAUUGGAAAUGGGCUCCAGGCCUCUAUCCAACACUCUAGUUGGGUCUCGUAUACCGACCCUAACCCUCCUAUGGUUAAUCCUCGUGUUAUUCCGGAGGGCAAUGACCCAAAGGUAGCCGAGCUCAUAGUUCCUGGUGGGGGAGGGUUGUGUCGUCAAUCACUACAGCAGAUGUGUUCCACCAGAUGUAGCACGGACCAUCAUGGCAAUUCCCUUGCCCUACCUAGGUAUAGAGGAUAGACUGGUAUGGCAUGAUACAUGUGAUGGACUCUUCACUGUUAAGUCUGCUUACCACCUGGCUGUUUUGAUGGAUAGACAGGUGGGUUGCGGCGCCCCAUGGUAAGUUGGAUGGAUAGGGCGAGCUGGAGGCGAAUGUGGGAGCUUCAGAUCCCGCCUAAGCUAAAAUUGUACUUAUGGCAAAUUUUCCACUGUAUCAUGCCCACUACCGAAUCUUUGAUUGAGAAAAGGGUCCAGAUUUUGCCUCGAUGCCCGAUUUGUUGGGCGGAAUCUAAAACGAUGGAGCACCUCUUUUGGGAGUGUCCAAUUGUUGUGGCUCUUUGGACUCAUUCGGGAUUGGAGCAUCUGGGUCAUGGUUUGCCUCGACAGACUUUCCCUCUGUUCCUUAUAAAUUGCUUACUUCGGAUGACUCAGCGGGCCGAGAUUAUGGCUUUGGUGGCACUCCUGUGGCGGAUUUGGAAAUCUAGAAACUGGGUUUCCUUUGAGGGCAAGCUGAUCUUGAUUCCUCAACUGAUGCGCCAAUACCAUCAGCAACUCCAUGAACGGGUGUCUCUGCCAGAGGAUAGACUGGCCCCGGAUCGGCAUCCUUUGCAACACAAUCUGGAGGUGGUGGAUUUGACUUAUGUCGUUAUGUGGGAUGAGGCGGUUCGUGCUGAUUCACAUUCAGUGGGAGGAUUGAUCAUAAAGGACGGAGGAGGGCCUGUUCUCUUAGCAAGAGGAAUGGUGUUUGAAGACGUUGUUAACCCUCUUGUGGUGGAUACUAUUGUCCUCCGUGAACCUAUUCAGUGGUGUUAGAAUCUCGGCAUCACUCAAGUUCGCUUUGAAGGUUAUGUGAAGGUGCUCAUUGAUAAGAUUAAUGCAAUGGAUGCGCAAGAUAGUCGUGUUGGGGCUAUUAUCCAAGAGAUUAUGCGGUUGAUGGCGUUGAGUAGUGGCUUUAGUAUUCGAUUCGUGGGUCAGAUUAGCAAUAGGGUAGUCCAUUUAGUGGCUAGAAAGGCCCUUUCUUUGUCUCCGAUUGCGUGUCGCUUAUAUGAUUUUCGUGCUUGGGUUGGGUCUAGAAUGUAGUUCGUGAUCUUAUUAUCAAUGAAUAUAAUUAUCUUCUGUUAAAAUAAAAAAAGUGGUUGCUCUUUUGCAGUAAAAAGCCCUCCACUUGGUCACAUACUGUGGGAUAAUCAUUGAAUGGCUUUAAGCCUCCACUGCUUUAUGAUUCUCUUUGCAAAAUUCUAGCACGGACCCUCCGCAUCCUUUCAUCGAAAAUCUUCCAAACGCAUCCUUCAUCGAAAAUCUUCCAAUUCAAAGUACAAAGCCUACCCUAAUUAAGAAAAACAAAGAGAACAAUGUAGAGUCUUAAACCAGAUUCUCUUUGCAAAAUUCUAGCACUGACCCUCCGUCCAUUACAAGAAUUGAUCAUCCAACCCACAGAAGUGUAACGACUCAAAGAGCUUAACGGCACUGCAUCACCAUCAUCAUCAUUAAUUGAUGGUACUGUUCAUAGUUUGGUCCCAACCACAGAAUGCAAAACUUCCAGUCCAUGCCAAUUCUCUCUUUGUAGUUUUCCAAGACCAGAAAUGCACUCUCCGAGUAACACAAGACUUUCUUCCCCUCUUUUUUUCAUCACCCUCUAAGGGUGGAGUGGUCCUGGCAACCCAAGAUAACCCCACACACCACAGACAAAAUGGGAUAUAUAUGGAAUGGAAACUGGAAAGGGAAGAUGCAAUCAAAAAUCAACUAAAAUUCCUACACAAAAAAAAAACAACUAAAACAGUAAUGAAAAUAAUGGGCAUAA